AGGAAACAGUGACCACCAGCUCCUCUCUCCCAACUCUCAUGAAGCUGAGAGCCAAGAUCAGAAAGGAGGCAAGCAUGGAGACUCAGGAUCAACUAGAAAUACAGAACCAGAACCAAAGAAGAGACGACGCAAGAGCAGAAGUCACAGCAACAACGUAGACAACACUAACGUGUCAGAGAUUCACCCUAAUACUCAAACAGGUAAAAAGUCUUUCAUAUGUGACACAUGUGGGAAAGACUUUAAGUGUAAUUCAGCAUUUCAGAGACAUAUGAGAACCCACACAAGUCAAAAGCUGUAUGUUUGCAAAACAUGUGGAAAGAAUUUUGUACGUCGGUUUAUCUUGUUAGACCACAUCAGAACCCACACUGGCGAGAAGCCGUAUUCUUGCAAAACAUGUGGAAAAGAUUUCAGAACUUAUAAUGCCUUGUUUUACCACAUGAGAACCCACACAGGUGAGAAGCCGAACGUUUGCAAGACAUGCGGCAAAAGUCACCAUAACAGUUCAGCGUUAAUAAGGCAUAUGAGACUACACACGGGCGAGAAGCCUUAUUCUUGCAAAACAUGUGGAAAAGAUUUCAGACGUAAAGAUGUUUUGAACAUCCAUAUGAGAACCCACACAGGAGAGAAGCCAUAUGAUUGCAAGACCUGCGGCAAAAGAUACCAUGACGACUCAGCAUUACAAAGGCAUAUAAGAAUACACACAGGCGAGAAGCCAUAUUCUUGUAAAACAUGUGGAAAAGAUUUCACACGAAAGGAUGUUUUCAACGUCCAUAUGAGAAUCCACACAGGUGAGAAGCCGUACGGUUGCAAGACCUGCGGGAAAAGAUUCUAUGAGGCUUCAGCUUUAGGAAAGCAUAUGAGAACUCACAGGUGAGAAGAUUAAAGACCAAAUAGUGGCUUGUUGGUCCACAUGAGGAUACAUAGACAGGAGAAACCAUUGAGCUGAAACUCUCGUAGAGACGUGCUUAACUGAAUGAAAUACUUUUUCAAUAGUUACAUCUCUGUUAUUUUGAACAAAGAUCAGAUGUGAAUAUCUUAGGGUGAAGUUCCCCUUUCUAUGGCUGUAUUACUUGUUAUUGUUAUAACACAGUAUUUCCUUGAAACAAUUGCAAUCUACCAAAUCAAGGGAGAUUGUAUGUUUCACAGUGAGAGCACUGACAAUACUGCUUUUUAUUACCGUGUAAGAAGUCCUAUUGAAUGUGAAGGUGACUUCUUUUUGUAUUUUUAUGAACUACCUUUUGUUUCUGACCAGAUUCUGGCCAAAUGUUUUGCAUUUGUGUUUGAUAAAGAAACACUGGUUGAAUGUUUUAAUCAGGCUGUUUUGGAGUGUGCGAUCAGCUAUAAAAUGACUGCUUGGUAUGGGAACCUUCCUGUGUCAUCAAAAUAAAACUUUUUGUUCAUCAUUA